AUGCCUUGGCCACGAAUGUCAAUUUGUGCCCCAGUUGCUCUGACAGCUGGAAAACGCUCUAUAACAGUGACAUUAUGGUCCUUACGGGCUAGCCAAAAAGCUAAAGAGGGUCCAGCGCCUCCACCGCCACAUAUGAGAAAAUUUAAGAGAGCCACUGAAAUACCAGGUGCUUUCAAUAAUUUUUAG